ACCAUCUCCAAAAUCCCCAAUAUUCACUGCAAAUUCAUUCACUGCAAGAACAGCUGAACCGACGGACUAGUUUUCUUCUCAUGCACUGCUGCUGUUUUGCACGAGAGAUCUUUCGCGCUUUGUUUGCAUAGAGACUGGUCUUUUGUUUUUAAUUCCGAUGAUGGUUUAGUGCGUCAGUGGUCUGUAGCGCACAUUGAGGUCAGUAAGUCAUUUAUGAUGCUCAUAUGAGCGAAUUGCGCUGAAAUACUGACGCGAAUAUUGCGACGAUCAUUUUUAAAGCUGCAGACAUGUCAGUCGCGUGUUUCCAGUGCAUGAUGUUUGGUUCUGUUCUUCUGGUUUUGGUAAAUUCUGAGGUUCUGAGUGCUGGUCUAGCGCUCCUCCCCAACCCUCUCCUGUCCCAUGGGCCGGUUCUGGAUGUUCCUGUGGGCUUUGAGCAAAAUGAUGAGGUCUCCAAAGAUCAGAAGCCUGGAUUGAUGGACAGUUCUCAGGAGAGUUCUGGGUUCUUCAGUGAAGACAGCGAGGACAGCAAGAACAUCAAGCUGAUCCAGCAGUGGGACACUCAAGGCGAGACCAAAGAAAGUGGUUCUGACCUGGAUGCUAUGAUGGAUCUCUGUUUGAUGCCAAUGAAGGUUGGACCAUGUCGUGGGACAUUCCCUCGCUGGUACUUUAAUGCCAUCACUAAGAAGUGCGAAAGGUUCAUGUUUGGAGGCUGCGGAAGAAAUCUCAAUAACUUCCUGUCGCUGGAGGAAUGUGCCAAAGCUUGCCAGACAGUCUCUGAUUUCAGCACUUCAUCACCUGAACCCCCCUCCCUGUCUCUCAGCUCAAACCCCAAUGAGACAAACUCCUCUUCCUCGCUUUUCGUCCCUACGGCAGAAUCUCUGGACCCGGAGCAGUGGGAGAGCGAUUCAGAAUCUAGCGGUUUCUCCCUCCAUCCCUCCACCCUCCCGUCAGUCACAGCUGCUACAGACCAUGCCCCCUCCACCGUGGCACUGUCCACUUUUGGACUUGAACGUCAGAGUGACCCAAAUGCCACAGCUGAACCUGACAGGCACCUCGUGUCUGAAGACCCGUUUGAUGACGAGAGGGGCCGUGAAGUCACUCAACCACCUACGGCCCCUGAAGUGGGGCCCCUGCCAAGCCGAGGGCCCCUGCAACCUGAUGAACCCCACCGGGAUGAUUCGGAUGAACAGGAAGAGGAGGGUGAUGAUGAAGAGUUGGUAGUUUUUCCGACUGAACUGGAUGAGGAAGAGGAGGAAAACUGGCGGUACCUGACGCCCCUCACGACCGGGCCCUCGCCCUCACCUGCUUCAGACCUGCCGCCUGUGGUCUUCACCGAGACCGCCUGGCAGGGUGCCCCACCCACCAUAGCAGAGGAUGAGGAGAGGACAGAGCUUCGGCAUGGAGGCACUGAAUAUUUCACGGAAACUGAGCUUCAUGACUCUGAGGUGUCCCAGGAGAAUGAGCAGGUGAUCUGUGUUGACUGGAGCAACCUUGCAGGGAAGGGCUACGUCAUCCUCAACAUGUCCGACAACUUUGAUUGCGAUGAGUUUCGGAUGGAGAGUGGAGACAGACUCCUGGAAUUGCUGGAAAACACUUUCUCCAGAAAGAUGAACAUCCCACAAGGGUCCUGGCUCAUAUUCCUCAGCAAACCCUCACAACAAGACCACCAGCUUCUAAUGACCUUAGCUAGCGAACAGGAAAUCAUCCCACCGAAAGACAUGCUGUCAAUGCUGGGAGAAAUCAGGAGAGGCCUAUAUGAGAUUGGCAUCCAGAAUUAUUCCAGCGUUAGCACGUGCCACGCCAGGCCCAGUCAGACUCGCAGUGACUACGGGAAGCUGUUUGUGGUUCUAGUGAUCAUCGGAUCGGUGUGCGUGCUUAUAAUCGCUUCUGGAAUCAUCUAUAUCUGCUGGCAGCGCCGUUUACCCAAACUCAAGAACAUGUCGCGAGGUGAAGAGCUUCACUUUGUGGAGAAUGGUUGCCAUGACAACCCCACAUUGGACGUCACGAGCGACAGCCAAUCAGAGAUGCAGGAGAAGAAACACCGCGCCAAUGGGGUGACGGCUGGCGGGGAUGGCGGGAGCGGUUGGCAGGUGCUCGUCAACAAGCCCGGGAAAGAGGAGGAAGACAACCAGGAAGAAGAUACUCACCUUUAAUUACGCCAAACAAUCCAAGAACAGCACGGAAGCCCAGAUAGCACACGUACAUCUCUGAGAUGUCUGUUUUAGAUCUUUUCAUCUGGAAAGCAUCGCAAUCUAAUUAACAUCUGCUAAACAUCUUAAAAAGAUCAGAUUUACAAACAUUCAAAAUCAUAAACGUACAUCUGCUGAACAUCUUAUCGACAUCCGGGAGGAAACGUCUUGUAGACGUAUUGCAGAUGAGCAAACAACCUAAACAAUAAGUCUUCCAGAUGUAAACACACACAUUAAAUAGAUGUCUGGGUGAUGUACAUGUGAUAUCAGGGUUUGCAUUAAAGACUAUGAAGGGCACAAAACAUUCUCAAGCUUUUUCGAAACAUUUGCUGUAUAAAAUGUGAUGUCUUUUAGCUUGUAUGAUGUUUUUCUUUAUCUGCAUUGACGAUGAAAUUCAGAUGAACAAAAGUGCCAUUUUCAGUGCAGGAUCCAAUCAUUAGAAUUUUAAUGAAAUCGAAUGUGUCAAACAAUCACUAGGAUAUUUUAGAAUUUUAAAUCAGUUAAAAUGUUUCAGAUGUUUGUUAGAAAAUAGUUUCUUGCACUUGUAAUGGGAUAAUUUACCCGCCAAAAUGAAAGUUCUGGAUUAUUUACUCAUCUUAUUUUUCCCUUGGAACAUAAAAGGAGAGGUGAAAUAUGAACUGUAGUUAAUACAAAAAUAAAGUCAUCAUAUGGGCUUGUGAUGACAAAAGUUAAGUGACCAUUUUUAGGGGAACAAUUACUUUCAAAGCACGUGUAUACUUGACAACAGAAAAUUGGAUUGUACAGUUUUUUUUAUGUUGGUUUGCUUGAAGGACUAGAACGUGUAUGUCUAAUUAUUCACUAUAAACAUACUGAAUUGUUUUAUUUAUUUCAAUGCAAGUACAUUUAAGCAAGCUGCAUUUUGUUUAUACAUGCUGAAUGCUGGAUGGAAGCCUACCUGCCUUGCUCCUUUAUCGUCUAUUGGAAUGGCUGCUCCGUACUGAAUCGCUGUUGCUAUUUGUCAAAGUUUUUAUAUUGCACCUUGAACAUUUCUUAGCACCAAUGGCCUCCAAAGCAGAACGGUUCCUUGGAAAAGAUUGUUUUAAAUAGAAAACCAUCAUAUGUAGCUAAGUGGAUUUCCCAGAUAGCACACGUACAUCUUCGAGAUAUCUGAUCAGUGGCGUAGCCAAGGGUGGGCCUGGACCCACCCAAAUUAGACCCUGGCCCACCCAGAAUAUUAGAGAUUAUUCUUUGACUUCAAAUAUAUAUUUAAAAGUAGUUUUACAAAUGCAUAAUUUCUGAUUUCUAGAAGUUUGAAAGAGCUGUUUGAAUGCACCGUUUCUCUGUUGUUAAGGAAAAUUUUGGGGAAAAACCAUUUUUGGCCGAAAACUUUGCCCAUCCAUUUUUGUUGAGGCCCACCCAAAAGUAAUUUCCUGGUUACGCCCUUGUGUCUGAUUGAGAGGGUUUCAACGAGAAAGCAUCGCAUUCGAAUUAACAUCUGCUAAACAUCUUAAAUAGAUCAGAUUUACAAACAGUCUAAUUCAGUAAUGUCUCAAACACAUCUGCUGAACGUCUUAUUGACAUCUGAGAGGAAACAUCUUAUAGAUGUCUUAAUAAUGCGUCUUCCAGAUGUAAACACACAUCAAAUAGACGCUUAAGUGAUGUACGUGAGCUAUCAGGAAAAGGUUACCGCAAUUAGAAAAAGACUAAAAGUGUUAACGUAGGUUUGUUGCGGUUAUCUUGUUAAUGGAACAGCUUUUUGGUACAAAAUCGUAUUUGUCGCAAUAGAAAAGGCUUUUCUCUUUAUAAGUGCAUGAAACACUGUAGUAUGCAAAUCUAUGCACAUAUCGGGGGUCAACUGAUUGAUUGUACACGAUUAAGGAAACGUUUAAAUUAAAAUGUUAAAAUGGUUAGAACUCCAGAAAUCUAUAACAUACAUGCAUUUUUUCUUUAAUAGCUUUCCUUAAGGAGUCUUGGUGUAGGAGAAUUCUAUGCUACUAUAGACUAACACGUGGAACGCUUCUUUUUGUACCUUCCCGUCACGGUACGAGAGCUAUUAGCAAAUUUGCACUUUUUUCCAUUUUGAUUUUGUACCUCAAACUGCUUUACGUAUUUGAUUGUACGGAGAUUUAGAUCUCGUUGUAUUCUGGUAAUUUAUGUUACCCAUCUCUUAAAUAAGGCAAAAAAUAAAAUAAAAGUUUUGAGAAGGCGUGAGGAGUUUUUCUUAAAUAUUCAUAAAGUUUACAGUUUCACAUGGCUGCCCCCAAUUGAUCUUUUUAAGCACAGCAGCUAUGACGUGGUCUCAAAACUGCAAGGUAGACAGGCUGACCAGCGCAGUUUUCUGUCACGUCUUGACGAAUUUCCAUAACAUGAAGUAUCGGGUUAUAUUUGAGGGCUCAUCCCCCUUUUUAAUAGCUACUAGGCUUAAGAUAUGCCAUAGCCACAACUCAUGAUUUGCCACUUGCUAGUCAGUCAGUUGGUAUCAGAUUGUAGAGUGUUUGACUAAACAAACAUUUGUUUAACGCAAAAUGAGUCGACGGUAUUUUUAGUUUGUUUUCCAGGAAGAUAAAUAUUGUACAUUUGUAAAUGUUUAUAUCUGCUUAAAGUGAAUUUUAAGUACAAGCUAGCAUAUAUACCAAUCAGCCAC